AUGGAUGAAUUUAUGUUCGAUCUCCAGAAAGAGAAACAUCUGGAAAUGCUGAACGAAUGGCAAAAUCAAAAAGAAAAAAUUGAGCAGGAAACCAUAGAACAAUGUAAAAGCAGGAAAUGGUUGGCUCACAAAUCAAAACUUUUGACAGCGUCCAACUUCGGUAAAGUUUGCCGCCGACGCACAGAUACACCGUGUGCCAAGAUGGUACAGUCGCUGUACCAUCCACGUGUAUUGAACGUUCCUGCCGUAGAAUACGGACGGGAGAAUGAAGAAAUUGCUCGGGAAGAAUUGUCGAAAAAGGAAAACAUUGAAAUAAAAAAAUGUGGUCUUUUCAUCGACGCAUCGAUACCCUAUUUGGGAGCAUCGCCGGAUAGCGUUAUCGGUGAAGACGGCAUUGUAGAAAUAAAAUGCCCGAAAUCCGCAGAAGAUGUUACUCCAGAAGAGGCAAUAACAACAAAGAAGUCUGUGAAAGCCAUAUUUACCGAUAGUACGGGCAGUGCAUUGCGCAAAACACACCCGUACUUCUACCAAGUCCAAGGACAAUUGGACAUAACGGGUAGAAAAUACUGCCUGUUUUGUCUGUGGACCAAGAAAGGAAUUAUGUCCAUUCGUGUUGAAAAGGAUGACGAUUUUUGGAAGCGAGAAAUGGAACCAAAAUUAACACAAUUUUAUUUGAAUUGUAUGCUGCCAGAAAUAAUUGACAGCAGAUAG